CCACCGCCCGGCGAAACGGUAGCUUUUUAACGCAUUUGAUAACACAGUUUUAAAGUAACGAGGUGUUUUACAGAUGGAGUGUAACACUUCCAUUCCACAAUUAAUGAGAAAACUUAAGAAAGACAGUAAAGUGCCCAAAAUAUGCAAUAGAAGCACAGUUGGAAGUUUUGAGAAAAAAUAGUGGAUGGUAAUGUAAUAUUUUCAGACUGUGCUACACACACUGCUGCUAAUUGAAGGGCAACACAUUUAAUUUGUGGGACACGGCCUUGCUUUGUUUCCUAGGCUAGCCUUGAACUCCUGGACCCAAGUGACCCUCUUGCCUCAGGCUCUCAGCUGAGACCGUAGGCACACCUGUUGCACUUAGAUAUUUUAAAUUUUUAUUCUUACACACUUGUUUAGUAAUUGGGAAGUGCAUUGUUAGAUCUCCGUUCACUCUAUAAUAUCAAGGUUCCCAUGUAACAUAAUUUAAGUAUAAGGAACAUGGUUGUAAGUAUCAAUGUCAGUCAGAGAAUAAGAAGUCAAGUGGUGUCUGAUGAAGGCCAAGACCGUGAUGAUGGUAAGUAGAAUGGAGGGCACCAUGAAGCUGGCAAUGGUAGAAGACGCUGUGGAGUACUGCCUGUUUCUGAUACCAGAUAAAGCAAGAGACACAGGGGAAACCGAAGAGAUUCUUCAGAAGUACAUUGAAAGAAUAAUGACCCAGUUUGCACCUAUCCUGGUCCCUUAUAUCUGGCAGAAUCAGCCUUUCAAUCUCACAUAUAAACCUGCAAAAGGAGGUGUUCCUGCUCAUAUGUAUGGCAUGACGAAGUUUGGAGAUAACAUUGAGGAUGAAUGGUUUAUUGUUUAUGUAAUAAAGCAGAUUACAAAGGCAUUUCCAGAGUUAGUAGCAAGGAUUGAAGACAAUGAUGGUGAGUUCUUGUUAAUAGAAGCGGCCGACUUUCUUCCUAAGUGGUUGGACCCUGAUAAUAGUGCCAAUAGGGUUUUUUUUCAUCAUGGGAAGCUGUGUAUUAUUCCCAUGCCAAGGAAAUCUGAAAGAAUACCCUGGCUCCCCACUACACCCCCAACAAUCCAACAGGCUUUGAGUAUCGUCUCAGCACACUCAGAAGCUGUUUUAGCUUCAGAAUCUGUACAAGCUGCUGUGGACAGGCGCAUCAGAGGGUACCCAGGAAAAAUCGAGGCUUCCCUUCACCGAGCGCACUGCUUCCUUCCGGCUGCACUUGUGGCCGUGCUCAAACAGCGACCCAGACUGGUGUCUGCAGCCGUCCAGGCCUUCUACCUGCGGGACCCCAUUGACCUAAGAGCCUGUCGAGUUUUCAAGACAUUUUUGCCUGAAACACGAAUAAUGGCAUCUGUCACUUUUACUAAAUGUCUGUACGCACAGCUGGUACAACAGAAGUUUGUGCCAGACCGGCGGAGUGGAUAUGGGCUGCCACCUCCAUCACAUCCCCAGUACCGCGCCCAUGAACUGGGCAUGAAGUUGGCUCAUGGAUUUGAGAUUUUGUGCUCCAGAUGUAGUCCACAUCUCUCUGACUCCAGGAAACCCCCUGUGACUGCCUCACCCCUCUGGGCCGGCUUCCUUGAAAGUCUGAAGAGGAACGAUUACUUUAAGGGACUGAUGGAAGGCUCUGCUCAGUACCAGGAAAGACUAGAAAUGGCGAAGAACUACUUCCAGCUCUCCAUCCACCGGCCAGAAAGUUCACUCGCUAUGAGCCCAGGGGAGGAGAUCUUAACCAUGCUGCAGACGCUGCCGUUUGAUGUCGAGGAGCUGAAGAGAGAAGGAGCUCAUCUUCCUCCUGAGGAUGGUGACCAGUGGUUAGUCCUCUCACCAGACCAGCUGGAGCAGCUGCUGCAAGACGCCACGGGCAGGAAGGAAUCACAGCCCAUUCCCCAGAAGGAGGAGGAGCAGAACUACGACGUAGCACAGGUCUCAGAGAGCAUGAAGGCCUUCAUCUCCAAAGUCUCAACCCACAAGGGGGCAGAGCUGCCAAGAGACCCUUCUGAAGCGCCGAUCACUUUUGAUGCAGAUUCCUUUCUUAAUUAUUUUGAUAAGAUUCUAGGGGCAAAACCUCAAGAGUCAGACUCUGAUGACAUGGAUGAAGACGACUUCGAAUGUUCAGACAGUGAUGAUGACUUGGGCUUUGAAACUCAGGACUCUGAGUCUCUGAAAGGAGCUCUUGGCAGUCUCAAGUCCUACAUGGCCCAGAUGGACCAGGAGCUGGCGCACACCAGCAUGGGCAAAAGCUUCAGUACCCGGAAGCAGGCAAAGAAGGAAGCUCCUUCCCAGACUGCAAAUGACAAUUCAGAUGAGGAAGACUCAGGUGCAGGAGAUUGCGUUGUCGAAGCAGUGGAUGUAGACCUGAACCUGGUUUCAAAUAUCCUGGAAUCCUACAGCUCCCAAGCUGGGCUGGCAGGGCCUGCUUCCAACCUGUUGCACAGCAUGGGUGUACGACUCCCUGACAAUACUGAUCACAACCCGCCAGGAAGCCAGUGAAGUUAGCCUGCACAUCAGCUGAAUCAACAAUAAAUCCUCACUGACUAAACAGUGGUCCAGUCGGCUCUUCGUAAGAGUGUCUUCCUUGCAGGUUUCAGAGUCCCAGUACCACCUCUCACAAGUCCUGUGAUCUCAUGAGCUUGUUUCGUUUGGUUUAAAUUUUCCUAAGACCCAUGCCUCCCUUGUAGUUUAGUAAAACACAAUGCACCCCUGAUGUAAUUCUGAAUAUUUAGUUUCUCUUUUAGGUAUGUUCCUCCUCAGUCAGAAUUCUAAGUUGGCAAAAUCCCUUUUCAUUCACUUUUUAAGUGCUGAACUUUAAAGUGUUCAUUCUGUGACAUUUUGCACAUGUGUUCCUAAUUCAAGAUAACUUAUUUUUUUUUUAAGUAACAAAUUAAAAGCAUUAGCAUACA